AUGACUACUGCAAAUCCAGAAACAUGGGUAACAUCUAAUUUCAGUCAGAAUGGAAUUAUGAAUAAAAAUUCAUUGUCUAACGGUUUUAAUGAGAGCAACAAUAGUAGUAAUAGUAGUAUAAAUACAAUUACCCCUACUACUGAUACAACUGCCACUACUACUACUACAACAACUACUUCUACUGCUUCAAACAACAAUAAUAAUGUGAAUAGUAUUAAUACUGUUCUUAUAUCAGAUACAAAUUUGCAAGCAUAUUCAACUACAAAAUUUGUUUGUUCCAGUCCAAAUCGAAUUGAACUCAAUCAAAGUAUGAAUAUUCACUUAAAAAAUAAUCAAACUCAUAAUCCUACAGUCACAUCGAUUGUCACUGAUCAGUAUUUAAAUAAACCAAAUAAUAAUUUAAAAUUAUCAACUUACUGUACACAAAAUAAGAAUAUAAAUGAUUCCAGUUUAAUUAAAAUUAAUCCAUUACGUUGUAAUGAAUGUCAAUCAAAUAUAUUUGAUCAAUAUUAUUAUAGUAUAGAUGAUCAAACAUGGCAUCAAAAUUGUUUAAGGUGUUUCGAUUGUGGAUUUGUGCUCACGGAACGAUGUUACACAAAAGAUGGUCAUUUAUAUUGUCGAGAAGAUUUUAUCAAAAAUUUCGGUCCUAAAUGUUCAACUUGUCACAAGCUUAUACAGAAUGGGGAACUUGUUCGAUUUGCACGUCAUUAUGUAUACCAUAUUAAUUGUUUCCAAUGUACAAUUUGUAAGAAACAAUUCUCCACAGGUGAUCAAUAUUAUCUUUUAUAUAAUGACAAGUUUUUAAUAUGUCGUGAACAUUAUUAUGAAAACAAUGGUUUAUUAAUGCCACAUAUAACAACAACAACAACAACAACAACAAAAUCUUCAUCGGAAAUGGAUUUAUUGUCAAUACUUACAAACUCUAAUUCAUCUGUCAAAGAUAUUGCCAAAACCGAUUUGAAAUUAGAAUCCCCUAGUACAUUGUCGAAUUCUGUUAACUGUGAAUUAUUAGUCAAUAGUAUGAAUUGUAUACAAAAUAUUCAUGACUAUGAAAUAAAUACAAAUGUUAAAAAUGAGUUAGAACGGUUGAAAGGUUUCAGUCACGAUGAUAUUUCAAAUCCACUUAAUCAACUGCAUUCAUCUUUAUCUGAAAUAUCUAUGUUUUCAUCAUGUCAAUCUUUGUCUUCAAUUCCACCACUACCUGUAUUAUGUCCUACUUCAUCUUCCACUUCUACAGUAGCAAUAACAAUACCAACAAUGACUUUGGCGAAUAUCAUUUCCACUGCAAUAACUAAUACAAUAACUACUUUCACUUCUCCUUCUAAAACACAAAUAAAUGAUAACAACAAACUUGUCCAGUCAAUUCCUGAAGUUGAAAAUUCUAUUACAAAUAGCAAUUUCAUAAAUUCUGAAUUAACUGCUCAACAAUACUCAUCCAAUAUUCCAGUAGGAAAAUCUCAUCCAACACCACUAGAAGUUAAAUUACAACAAAACUCUGAUCAAUCAGAUAGUGUAUAUUCAACAAAUUUACUAUGUCAAUCACAAACAAAAUCAGAUCAUCUAUUUUCAUCGGACAUUACAGAUGUAAUGGUCAGUGCGCCAUUAUCAACGGUAUCAUUUCUACCGAAUUCCAUGUCUGAUGGUUCACGAUCAUUCAUUCACACACCGAUCAAUAAUACCUUAUUGAAUACAACUCCAUUUCUUUCGAAUCAACCAAUCAAUGCAAAUCUACCAUUUUUUCAACUUAAUCAACAAUUUCUUAGAAAAUCAGAACAAUUAACACGGAAUAAUUAUGUAUGGAAUAAAAGGAAUAUUGAUAAAGAUAUCAAUGAGAAUAGUUUAAAUUGUCUACAAAAACUGCAUGAAACCCAUAAUCCUUAUGAAAACCAUAUAUCAAAAGAAAUAAUACACAAUAAUAUCAAUAAUAAUAAUAAUAAUAAUCAAAAUGUAAACACUAACUAUAACAACUUAUUAUGGAUUAGUAAAGAUAUCAAUGAAAAUAAUGACUUAUUAAUAAAUGACAAUUCUCUGUCAACUUUAUAUGGUUGUGAUAGGUUUCGUCUGUCGUCAUUGAAUGAACAAAUGUCCAAUAAAGAAAAUCAACUGAUUAACAGAUCAAAAAGUAAAGCUUAUCUAACAAGAACUGAGAAAUUUCCAUUAACAAUCGAUACGAACCAUCCGUGUAUUGAUAAUGAUAAUGAUAAUCAUUUGGCAAUAUUAAACAGGAGUAAAAUGAUUGUCAAUGAUAGAUUUGAACAGAAUGUCAAUUCGCUGAUUCAUGAUAACAAUGAAGUUCAUAAGGAUAAUGGACAACUAGUAAAUCAUUUAGGCAACAACAACAAUGUUGAUGAUGCGAAUGAAAGUGAAGAUGACGAUGUUGAUGAGAAUAUGAUAAAUGCUGAGGAACCGUGUAAUGAAAAUAACAAAAGACAUGGUUCUAUGCAUUUAGAAGAGUUUAAAACUACAAUGUUACAUAGUGAUCAAGAAAUUGAUUACAAUGACAUUAAUUCAUCUUCUUCACAAGAUAGAUUUAUUCAAUUAUUGCAUCAAUCUCAUCCUUAUGAAUCCCCAAUACAAACAAGUUGUUGUGAAAUGCCAAUAAGUGAGACAUCAUCACAAAGAAGUGUAGCCGAUGAUGAAGGAGAUGAUGUUGACGUUGAAGAUGACGACGAUGAUGCUGAUGAUGAUGAUGAUGACGAGAGUAUAACUGGUCAAUGUAGAGUAAAUCGUCAACAUCAUCCUCAUCAUCAUCAUUUAACUAGUGGUAUUGAAAGUGGACUGAAUUGCAGCGUAGGUCCUGGUAGUAGUAGUAAUAGUGGAAUCGGUCUCAAAACAAACUGUGGAAAUAACAAUAAUGGUGGUGGUGGUGGAGGUGCGAAACGUCGUGGCCCACGUACAACAAUCAAAGCAAAACAACUAGACACACUUAAAACAGCAUUUGCUGCAACUCCUAAACCAACCAGACAUGUCAGAGAAUCAUUAGCACAAGAAACUGGACUCUCGAUGCGUGUCAUUCAGGUUUGGUUUCAAAAUCGUCGUAGUAAAGAACGGCGUAUGAAACAGUUGAAUGCACUUGGUACACGUCGAUCAUUCUACAGAAAUCCACGAAGAUUACGUGGUAUAAGAUCAGGAAUAUUAACCAAUGAACUGAGCUCGGGCGGUCCAGGUGAUAUAAUCACUAAUUCUGCUUACCAUGAAUAUCUAGUAGGACCUAGUCCAGAUAUUUACAACGCAAUCGCUUCAGCUGCUGCAGUUGCAUCAGGUGUUCCUUUUAAUUUGCCUAGUGCAAUUCCUAGUCUGUCAGGAAAUUAUCCUCUGCCACAAGUACAGCCACUUCCUUCAAACGACUCAAUGAUCUCAGGUACAGCAUCACAUUUAUUGAACAAUGAUACAAGAUCUUUUCACAAUGACAAUACACCACAUUUCAAUUCGAAUCAAUCUCAUUUAACAUCGAGCUUUCUUUCAAAUUCACUCGGUUGUCUUCCAUAUCAUCCGACAAAUUUGCCAGCUACAAGUGGAUUUCAUGAAGAAAUAAAAUCAGGUUUAUCAUAUCCUCCGCCUUAUUUUCCUUCAUCGUCAUCAUCGUCAACAUCAUCCAUGUCUUCUCAACAACUAUCGAAAUUUCCACUUUAUAAUAAUAAUACUACUAAUAACAAUUGUUCACCAACUGGAUCCGUAUUUCCGUUAUCUGAUCCGAGAGAUUUUCAUUUAUCUAGUUUUCUUGAAAAUCACUGUAAUAACAACAACAGUAAUAAUAAUAAUAAUAAUAAUCCUAAUAGUGAUAUGAAAUUAUUCAGUUUAACAUGUCCUCCCAAUCCAUUAUCAAUGACAAAUCGAUCAGUUUAUAAUUCAACUGGAAUAAAUUUUAAAAAUUUACCUCCGCCUAUAUUUGAUGAAAUCGCAUGCAGACCGAAUUUAGUAUGA